AUGAUCCUAGCUAUUACUGAAACCAAUCGCGCGCCACCCCCACCGCCAGCGCGCGCCGUGCCCCCGCCCCCGCAGCUGCCCCGCAACCCGCCCCCGCCGAGACCCUCGCAACCGCCCACAACAGCGCCCCCAUCAGCACCACCGCCGCCGCCGCCGCCGCCCCCGCCGAUGUCCGCCCCGCCCCCGCCCCCGGCCGCGCCCCCCGCGCCGCCCCCGCCUCCGCCCGAGGCAGCCCCCGCGCCCGACAUGCGGUCAGCCCUCAUGGAGAGUAUAAGGAGCGGGAAUAAGAACUUGAAGCACGUCGAAGUGGCGGCUAAACCCGUUGCGAACGACGACAGUAGAAGCAAUUUGCUCAGCGAAAUCAGACAAGGCGUUGAACUAAGAUCCGUAUCAAAAGAAGCGUCCAACACAUCUGUCGACAAGAAGUCAACGGAAGCGUGCGGGCUGGCCGGAGCUCUAGCCAGGGCACUACAGGAGCGGAGUCGCGCCAUACACUCGUCCGACUCCGACCUCAGCGACGAGACCACCAGCGGCGGCGAGUGGGACGACUGAGGAAUACCAGCGGGUUAUAAUAUGUGUACGAGUGAGAGGGAAGAUAGGCACGACACAUGGAACCGUGACGUAAAGAGAUCUUUCUUUUCUUUUCUUUUCUUCUGUCAAAUAAUAGAACGCGAGAUCGCGAACGCCUGGUUUACAGAAGAAAAAAAAACGAUCUCUUUACGUUACGCUUAUAUGUGCUGAGACCCGUAGGCGUUUUCUUCAUGGUCGCUUAUGUCCUUUUUUAACGUACCGAGUAGAGUGGCGAGACAGUAUACUCGGCCAUGCACUCUGUCAAUUGUUAGGUGUUUAUUGGUCGAGGAUCGGCCGAGGAUACAGUCCCGCCAUUCUACUCGGUAGAUGUAAACAGGGUAUUACAGUUGUUGGCUAUAUCGAAUUGUCUAUCAAGGAUGGUAUUUUAAUGCACUGUUGAUUUUUGUGGCAUUGAUUGGACUGGUCUGU